UUUUUGAAGCUUGCUGCUGAGCAUCUUAUGCUCCGGGAGUUUGGUCUGCGUUUUAUAAGAGUCGAAAUUGACGAUCGUCUCGAAGCAGCAGAGGCGCGGUGCGAGUACCUGGAGCAAUUACUCAGACUGGAGAUACAGGCACAUCAGGAGACCACAAAACAGGCCCAUGAUGCGCAAUUACAGUUACAAGAUGUAAUGGGUAUCCUGAAAAUCUCCGCCGGUGAAAUGACCGAGUCUGUUACGAAAACCUCGCACGGCAUGCAUCAGUCGCUCGUGUAGGGUUUACACCUUCUUCUUUUUUUUAUUUCAGUUCUUAGGUUUAGACCAAUUUCUCAUGAAAUUUGUCUGUCCCCGGUAAAUUUAACCAUUGCUAUUGCUAUCAGGGUAUAUCCCAUGAUCAAUUCGUGAUAUGGCGCCGAUCUAUUCUUGUUUCACGUGAUCAUGAAUAUUCAUAACGGGUUUCAUUGUCCACGAUGACACCAUUGUCGACUCUGUACAGGCGUGACAGCUCGGGAGGCUAGAGGCUUACAUCAAUUAGAUGACCAGCUUUCACCCGCACAUGCUAAUUAAGACUCCGUUCGCCCGCAAUUCCCCUUCCGAUACGCCGCUCACCUGGAUUUCCCAUUGACAUUUGCAGUGUGUGAGUGUCUAGACAAUAGCGCAGAAAAGGACCGAUUCACGCACCUUCCUCACUCGGCUACGACAAUCGGCCCGUCUACAUGCACAUGGACGAGGGAUUUUUAGGGGACGCAUACUUAGAAGAAUCU